CAAUUAGACCCAGACAUAUCUUAAUCCAGUGGUUUGGAAAGUACUCCAGUGGCGUAUGAGUAUCUGCGAGUAAAAGAGGUAUUUUAUUGCGAUAAUUCAAAGUUUAUAUUCAAAUUUAAUACUACGCAUAAAACUGCGAGAAACAUUACCUUAAAUGGCUCAUGUCAUGGAGAAUGAGAGAAUGUGGGCCGACAGAGAUGAUGUAACAGAAGCACUAGAUGCUCGUCCCGGGCUGGAUGAACAACACAUAAAUGUGGAGGACUGUGAAGCGUCUGUAGGGCUUUACUCUGCAUCUCAAGGGUUGUCUGAAGCUCUUAGAUCUGUUGCAACCUCACAGUUAUGGAACUUAAUGGGGUUUUCUCUGCCCAUUUCAUCCCUUUUUUCUUCGGAGAGCUCCAGUCUGGAAUCAUCUGACAUGAACUGGGAGGACAAUGAGGUGAAAAGGGCAGAUGCAACUGAAGUCGAUGCACAACAAGAGGAAACGUAUGUUGCCAAGUUUAAAUCCAAGUACAUCAACAGUUCUGUCCCUUUAUAUCAGGAGUAUUGGAUGAAGUCUGUGAAGAAGGAUUUACAAAGAGCACAGCACACAGGACUUUCAGAAUUGGUGGCAUCGGUGCGUCGUCAUGGUCUGAAAACUCCUCCUCCUUUAAGCCCAACCUCUGUGUUGAGUCCACCAGGACUACAUGCUAAGCCAUACGCUCUAUGGCAGGAGUUACCGCAAGUUGAGUGUCUGCUGAAGUCCCUCAGUGCGCAGGAGAUCCAGCUUCAGGAGGCCAUGUUUGAGCUGAUUGUGUCAGAGGCCUCGUAUCAGAAGAGUCUGGUGGUAGCUCUGAAUGUGUAUCAGUGCUCAGCAGAACUCAAACAGAUCCUCUCCCGUGUGCAGCAUCAUGUUCUGUUCUCCAACCUAAAGGACGUCUGCAGAGUCAGUGAACGGAUUCUGCAGGACCUGGAGUCCCAUCUCAGGCAGGAUGUGGUGAUGUCACGGGUUGGUGAUAUUGUUUUGAAUCACCAGCAAGACUUCCAACAAGUCUAUGUGCCGUAUAUCACCAACAUGAUGUACCAGGAGGCCAUCAUCACUCAGCUGCUGCAGAGCAACAGGAAAUUUGCAUUGAUCCUGAAGAAACUAGAGAAAGAUCCACAAUGCCAGAGACAGACGCUCAAAUCUUUCUUGAUUCUUCCUUUUCAGAGGAUCACACGGAUGACACUCUUACUUGAGAACAUCCUCAAGCGAGCUAAAGGUGUUUAUCUUAAUGUCUCUAAUUUGAUGGAAGCCAUUGAAGCUGUACGUAAGAUAGUGGAGGAGUGUGACAGAAGUGUCGAACAAAUGAAGAGGACAGAGCUGCUUGUUUGUUUGGACAAGUUAGUGGAUUUCGGAAAUGUCAAGUCCAUUCCAUUAAUCACCAGAGGGCGUCAUUUGAUUCAAGAGGGAACUUUGAAGCAACUAAUUGUUGGUGGCGAUAACAAAGUCUCUGUAGUCUCUCGCAAAGAUGUAUACAUUCAUCUCUUCAAUGAUCUUUUGCUCCUCUCUGUUAGAAGUGGACACAGGUUUGUUGUGCAGGACCAUGCACUAUUUCCUGAUAAUGUGCGUGUAGAGGAAAUCAAAACAAUUUUGGGACUACCCGCUGAGUCCCUCCUGCUCCAUCUGCCCAAGAACCACAAUAGGUCUUCCACCGCCCUCAUAUUGGCUGCACACACACGGUCAGAAAAAGAGACCUGGAUCAAAGUUUUGUCUUCAAAAUAAGGGAUAGCAAGUGUGGAAAUGCUACGUGAAAGGGUAUCAAACUA